UUGACAGGGGGUAGGGGUUGGACUGGUAUUUGGGAAUAUACGAAGAUCCAUUGAAGGCAGAAUGGACAUAAAACUUCGGCGGCCGGCCCGGAGCAGUCGGUACUGAAGUUCUGCUGGGGCCUGGCGCUGGAUUCCUCGUCGCUUCUGGGAGGUUGACUGCAUGGUUCGGUUGGGUCACUGGGAUCGCGCACACUAAGGAAGCGGGCGCUGCGCUGCUCCACUCGUCCCAUCUACCUUUUCUUACCCAAAGGCCCUGCAUGUCUGAAAUUUAGACAUGAUCAGCUUUGUGGAUAUGAGGACUGUACUGCUGCUCGUAGCAAUUCAAGCCUGCCUGUUAGCCGUGGUUAGAUGUCAAAACGAGGAUGACACCUGCGUGCAUGACGGCCAGCGGUACAUGGACAAGGACGUGUGGAAGUCGGAGCCGUGUCGCAUCUGCGUGUGCGACUCCGGGACCGUUCUCUGUGACGAAAUCGUCUGCGAGGAGCUAAAAGACUGCCGCAACCCCGAGAUCCCAUUCGGAGAGUGUUGCCCCAUCUGUCCGGCUGGCCCGAUCGCCCCCAGUGGUCGGCCGGUUGGCGCCAAGGGGCAGAAGGGAGAACCAGGAGAUAUUACAGAUGUCGUAGGACCAAGAGGACCACAAGGACCAAUGGGCCCCCCAGGAGAGCAGGGACCACGUGGUCAAAGGGGGGAUAAGGGCGAGAAGGGAUCCCCUGGCCCUCGUGGUAGAGAUGGUGAGCCUGGUACUCCUGGAAACCCAGGUCCUCCCGGACCUCCUGGGCCCAAUGGACCUCCUGGCCUUGGCGGAAACUUUGCGGCCCAGAUGGCGGGCGGAUUCGACGAGAAGUCCGGAGGUGCUCAGAUGGGUGUGAUGCAAGGACCGAUGGGCCCUAUGGGUCCAAGAGGACCACCUGGCCAACCUGGUGCCCCCGGUCCACAAGGUUUCCAAGGCAACCCCGGCGAGCCCGGAGAACCUGGAGGAAGUGGCCCCUUGGGUCCACGUGGCCCCCCCGGGCCUUCUGGGAAGCCUGGUGAAGAUGGUGAAGCUGGCAAGCCAGGGAAGUCUGGGGAGCGUGGACCCUCGGGACCCCAGGGAGCUCGCGGAUUCCCAGGAACUCCUGGCCUGCCUGGAAUCAAAGGGCAUAGAGGUUACCCAGGCCUGGAUGGGGCCAAAGGAGAGGGAGGUGCUGUAGGAGCAAAGGGGGAGGGAGGAUCCCCCGGUGAGAACGGAGCACCUGGACCUAUGGGUCCUCGUGGCCUGCCUGGCGAGAGGGGCCGUCCUGGACCUCCGGGAGCUGCUGGCGCUCGAGGAAACGAUGGUUUACCAGGACCUGCCGGGCCCUCUGGGCCGGUCGGACCCUCUGGAGCUCCCGGAUUCCCCGGAUCCCCUGGUUCUAAGGGAGAAGCCGGGCCCACUGGAGCCCGCGGACCUGAGGGUGCCCAGGGGCCUCGUGGCGAGUCUGGAACCCCGGGAGCACCCGGCCCAUCUGGCACCUCCGGUAACCCAGGUACCGACGGCAUCCCUGGUGCCAAAGGAUCUUCUGGUGCCCCUGGUAUUGCAGGUGCUCCAGGCUUCCCAGGCCCCCGUGGGCCCCCAGGGCCUCAGGGAGCGACAGGACCACUGGGGCCCAAAGGACAGUCGGGUGAUGCUGGUAUUCCCGGAUUCAAGGGUGAAGCUGGUCCAAAGGGAGAGUUCGGUCCUGCAGGUCUUCAAGGUGCCCCUGGCCCAGCUGGAGAGGAGGGAAAGAGAGGAUCCAGAGGAGAACCUGGAGCUGCCGGACCACUUGGACCCCCUGGAGAGAGAGGUGCCCCUGGUAACCGUGGUUUUCCAGGUCAGGAUGGCUUGGCUGGUCCCAAGGGAGCCCCAGGUGAGCGUGGACCUCAGGGUGUGUCGGGCCCUAAAGGAGCUACUGGGGACCCUGGCCGUCCUGGAGAGCCUGGCCUACCUGGUGCAAGAGGUCUCACUGGUCGUCCCGGUGAUGCUGGUCCUCAGGGUAAAGUCGGUCCAUCUGGCUCCGCUGGCGAGGACGGACGCCCUGGGCCUCCAGGUCCCCAAGGAGCCCGUGGCCAGCCGGGAGUGAUGGGAUUCCCCGGACCCAAGGGUGGAACCGGCGAGUCUGGCAAACCUGGAGAGAAAGGAUUGGCCGGGGCUCCGGGUCUCAGAGGUCUGCCUGGCAAAGAUGGGGAGACCGGCGCCGCCGGGCCUCCAGGCCCAGCUGGACCUGCAGGAGAGAGAGGAGAGCAGGGGCAGCCUGGACCCUCUGGCUUCCAGGGUCUCCCUGGACCUCCUGGUCCCCCUGGUGAGGCAGGAAAGCCCGGUGACCAGGGUGUUCCUGGGGAAGCAGGAGCAGCUGGUGCAACAGGACCCAGAGGCGAGCGUGGUUUCCCCGGAGAGAGAGGUGCUGCUGGUCCUCAGGGCCUUCAGGGACCUCGUGGCCUUCCUGGAACGCCAGGAACUGAUGGACCCAAGGGAGCCAUUGGCCCAAGUGGGCCCCACGGUGCCCAAGGCCCUCCUGGACUUCAGGGUAUGCCUGGAGAGAGAGGACCUUCCGGCAUUCCUGGACCCAAGGGAGACAGAGGUGACAAUGGAGAAAAGGGCCCUGAAGGAGCUCCUGGCAAGGAUGGCUUAAGAGGUCUGACUGGACCAAUUGGACCACCUGGUCCAGGAGGUCCUAAUGGUGAGAAGGGUGAAUCCGGUCCCUCGGGUCCCCCCGGAGCUCCCGGUACUCGCGGUGCCCCCGGCGACCGUGGUGAGACUGGUCCACCUGGGCCUGCUGGUUUUGCUGGUCCUCCUGGUGCAGAUGGCCAGCCUGGAGCAAAAGGAGAACAGGGUGAGGUUGGGCAGAAAGGUGAUGCCGGUGCCCCGGGCCCUCAGGGGCCCUCUGGAGCUCCGGGCCCCCAGGGCCCUACAGGUGUGUCAGGACCUAAAGGUGCUCGCGGCGCUCAGGGACCCCCCGGUGCCACUGGUUUCCCCGGAGCUGCCGGCAGAGUUGGACCUCCUGGACCUAACGGUAACCCUGGUCCUGCCGGCUCCGCCGGCCCCCCUGGCAAAGACGGACCCAAAGGUAUCCGUGGCGAUUCCGGCCCAGUAGGGAGACAGGGUGACGCUGGUCUGCGCGGCCCUGCCGGCCCCUCAGGCGAGAAGGGAGAGCCUGGCGAGGAUGGCCCCCCCGGUCCAGAUGGUCCUUCAGGCCCGCAGGGUCUGGCCGGACAGCGAGGUAUUGUGGGUCUUCCUGGGCAGCGUGGUGAGAGAGGUUUCCCAGGCCUUCCAGGACCUUCCGGAGAACCAGGCAAGCAAGGUUCCCCUGGUACUGGUGGGGACCGCGGACCUCCUGGCCCCGUGGGACCUCCUGGCUUGACUGGACCUGCUGGAGAACCUGGCAGAGAGGGCAAUCCUGGCUCCGAUGGACCUCCUGGUAGAGAUGGUGCUACUGGAAUCAAGGGAGACCGUGGCAAUACCGGUCCUGUUGGUGCCCCGGGGGCCCCUGGAGCGCUCGGUGCCCCCGGACCCGUCGGCCCCACUGGCAAGCAGGGAGACAGAGGAGAGUCCGGCGCACAAGGUCCUGCAGGUCCGUCAGGGCCAGCCGGAGCCAGGGGGAUGCCUGGACCUCAAGGGCCACGUGGGGACAAGGGCGAGGCUGGGGAAGCAGGAGAUAGAGGACAGAAGGGUCACCGAGGAUUCACAGGUCUGCAGGGUCUGCCUGGACCUCCCGGUCAAGCUGGAGACCAGGGUGCCUCUGGACCAGCUGGCCCCAGUGGAUCGAGGGGACCUCCUGGUCCUGUUGGACCUUCAGGGAAGGAUGGAUCCAGCGGUUUGCCUGGACCCAUCGGUCCUCCGGGUCCCCGCGGUCGUUCUGGAGAGACUGGACCUGCCGGUCCUCCUGGUAACGCUGGGCCCCCCGGACCCCCUGGUCCUCCUGGCCCUGGCAUCGACAUGUCCGCAUUCGCGGGUCUCUCUCAGCCCGAGAAAGGCCCUGACCCCCUGAGGUUCAUGAGGGCUGACCAGGCCUCCGGCAACCUCCGCCAGCACGAUGCUGAGGUGGACGCCACUCUCAAGUCCCUUAACACGCAGAUUGAGAACAUCCGCAGCCCAGACGGUACCAAGAAGAACCCGGCCCGUACCUGCAGGGACCUCAAACUGUGCCACCCCGACUGGAAGAGUGGUGACUAUUGGAUCGACCCUAACCAGGGCUCCACAAUCGACGCCAUCAAGGUCUUCUGCAACAUGGAGAUCGGCGAGACCUGCGUCUACCCCAGACCUGACCGCAUCCCACGCAAGAACUGGUGGUCCAGCAAGAGCAAGGAGCGAAAGCACAUCUGGUUUGGCGAGACGAUGAAUGGAGGCUUCCAUUUCAACUACGGAGAUGACAACCUGACCCCCAACACCGCCAGCAUCCAGAUGACCUUCCUGCGGCUGCUGUCCACAGAGGCCUCACAGAACCUCACCUACCACUGCCACAACAGCAUAGCCUAUCUGGACGAGGCCAGCGGCAACAUGAAGAAAGCGCUGUUAUUACGCGGCUCUAACGAGGUGGACAUCCGUGCCGAGGGCAACAACCGCUUCACCUACGCAGUGCUGGAGGACGGAUGCACGAAACACACAGGGAAAUGGGGCAAGACGGUAAUUGAAUACAGAUCGCAAAAGACGUCCCGCCUGCCCAUCGUGGACAUCGCGCCGUUGGAUAUCGGCGGAGCGGACCAGGAGUUUGGCGUUGACAUCGGCCCAGUCUGCUUCUUGUAAAGGAGAGUAUCAAGACAGAAGAAAACAUGAAAGGAGAAAUUCAACAAACGACCCGAAAGAAAAGGAGAAUGCAGCGUUUUUUUGUUUUUUUUUAAUGGGACUUUUUUAACCGUUAAAAAUACUUUCCAAAUCUUACGCCGAGGAUAUCUGCACUGAGCGGCACAGGCAAUAUUCGCAUGCGAUUCGCAGAGCGGCACCCUCGUCUCCAGACUAUCCACUUCCUGAGGUCAAAAACAACAGUGACCCCUGGACUCCACCUCCCAUGGGCAAUUACCUUAUAACCAAGAAGAAAUGAUUUUUAAAAAAGUUACGAAUUACGAAAUGUGGGGGAAAAUCUUGGUGUUUUUAUUUAUUUAUUCUCUGCCUCCUUUUGGGUGGGGCCAUAGGUUGUGGGCGGGACCAGAUGUGUUACCUAGCGAUGAGCCCUUCACACUCUAAAAGUACGACCCAUCAGCCCCGGCCCCCAUUCGGAUCCCCUACCCUGUCUCCUCCUCCAAACUCGCACAGAAGUACAUCUAGCCGUAACUUUACCAAAAAUCUAUCUGGCCGUGUAAAAGUGCAGGCGUUCCUCAUUCUGCCACCAGAGUGUGUAUCAAAACAGUUACUGUGUAUUAUAAUAAAACCAAAGGUGCUAUUGUUGUAAAACAGUCUGUAUUUUUUAACAACCAGAUACUGAUAUAUAUUUACAUGUAAAUAUGUAUGUGUAUGUAUAUUUGUGUAUACAUAUAUAUACACUUUCUGGAAAGUACAUUUUCUUCCGGGGUCUUUUUUUUUUAAAUAAUCGGUGUGCUAAACGUUUCCCCCGACACUCAAUUUUUGCUUCAGUGUUUCUCCUGUAACAGACACACCGUGAAUCUUCAGUAGCCGUAACUCAUUCUGUUUGCGUAAUAGACUUUUUUUUUUUUUUUUAAAGCUACCUCACGCUGAAAAACAUCAAAUUCUUGAAUCGAAGCUUCCAAAAAGUAGCUUAGCGAAACCCGGAGUUUCUCUGUUUAGGUAUAUCUACAGCCAAGGCGUGCUAUGUGUGCUAUGAAUGAGUCUCAACCCCCCACCCCCUCCACAGCACAAUCUCUGCCCUGGCAGACACAGCUGGAUGGAUCUGGGACAGAAAGAAGCAACUGAACAGAGAAACCCCAUCACAAGUUCACGUCCCAGAACUGUCACAUGACAAUCGAUUUUUACAGCAUACCAGGGAAUGCCCCCCCCCCCCACCUUUUGAUCAGGGCAGGCGGCAUCUUACUGUGUGAGGGUCUGUAUAUUUUUACUAUUAAUAAUAUUAUUAUUGAUCAUAAUAAUAAUAAUAUUAUGAUGAUGAUCCUGUUUUGUUACAUUUUUAAUUAAUGUAAAUUGGAAAUAAAAGGAAAAACAAGGAAUA